AUGGUGACACAUAGUCCAACUCGUUCAAAUCGGCACAUCAAUCCAGAGAUGGCUCACAUCGACAGUUUGAAGGCCAAACGCACAGCCUUCAAAACACGCAUUACAAAAUGCAAAAACUUCCUGGACGUCGAAGGUUCAGAAGCAAUGAGUGAACUCUUGGAAAUAAAACUACAAACAAUCAAAGAAAAACACACAGAAUGGGAGCGAAACAACGCAUCUCUUCUGGAACUCGAUGUGGACAACCAGGCAACCAACACAAAUGACGCCUACACAAUCGAAGAAAGCGACGACAUGAUAGUAGCUAGGCUUAGACGUCUUAUAAAAGACAAGAUGCCAGCCCCCUCGCAGCCACCAGCAUCACAACAGACACCGCUUGAACGAGCAAGUUAUUCUCCAAACUUUAACAUGAAAUUGCCUGAAAUCACCUUACCUACAUUCGAUGGACGAUUCGAAAUGUACAGGCCUUUCAAGGACCAGUUCAACGCUCGACUUCCCAACCAUGUCGACAAGGUGACUAGACUUCAAUACCUCCAAACAAGCCGCAAAGAAGAAGCUGCUCAAGCUAUCGAAGCAUUGGAGAUCACCGCUGAAAAUUAUGACAUAGCCUGGGCUCUCUUGGAUAAGAAGUUUGCUAUUCCCCGGCAGGCUCUUCGACGUCAUUGUUCUCAUCUUCUCAACAUUGGAAAAAGAACUCGGGAGAACAACAAAUCACUUAUUGACCUUGUCAAUUCAGUACGUCAACAACUACGAUCAAUCAACAGUUUUGGCACAGCAGAAGAUCAACUGAACGGCCUAGUCUGCACCAUCAUUCUUAACCAGCUCGACGAAGAUCUGGUAUUCCAAUGGGAAACACUCAUUGAACGUAAGGAAAUGCCCAAACACGCAGAUCUUCUCGAUAUCCUCGAAAAGCGAGGAAUUUGUGCUUCACGAGCUCAAACCUUCUUCACCAACACCCCCAGAAAGUGUCCAGUCUGCACUGAAGGCCACAGGAUUUACGAGUGUCCAAAAUUUGCAGAAAUGUACGUUGAAAAACGGAAGAAGCUCAUUUUCAACCAAAAUCGUUGCCUCAAUUGUUUUGCAAAGGGACACGAUGUUAAAGAGUGCAAUUCCAAGGGUUACUGCAAGACGUGCAAUGAUCCAAAGGCCAGACACCACUCACUGCUCCAUCACAUCAAAGAAUUAUCUACAACACCUGAAAGCGCUAAUUCGUCAGGACCAGAUAUCCUCCCAACAGCAGUCAUUAAUCUGCUAGAUCGCAAUCAUGAGCUGGUCCAAUGUCGUGCCCUGAUUGACACCGCCUCCACCAAAAGUUUCAUCACUCAAGAAUUGGCUGCUAAGUUGGGCAUCAAAAGGUUAACAUGCUCAAUUCCCGUCGGCGCUCUGAAUGAACUUUCCACAAUAGCCCAUCACAGAAUCAGCACGACAAUCUUAUCUCGUCUAAACAACUUCAAGAAGGAAUUGAACUUCUUGAUUGUCCCAAGAAUAUUCUCUCUCGUGCCCAGUGAACAGAUUGACAGAAAAUCACUGGAAAUACCUAUGAAUUUAGCUCUAGCAGAUGCGCAUUUCCACAAACCUUCACCAAUCCUGGUUUUGUUAGGAUGCAGCACUUCCACCUCCAUCCUUAGCGUAGGACAACUCAAACUCCCCAAGGCAGCGGACACUUAUCUCCAAAAGACAUUGUUCGGCUGGAUUGUCUGCGGCAGCUUAAACAAUGAAUUCGACCACUCUCAAACUGAACGUCACUUCACCGAAAUUAUUGAGGAAUUCAAAAAAUUUUGGAAAAUUGAAGACAUUGGGCUCAAAGAGAGCCGACAAUCAGAAACAGAAGCAGCCUGUCAGGCUCACUUCCAGCAGCACGUGUCACGUAAUACUGAAGGACGGUAUGUCGUGACACUUCCAUUCAACGAGAAGAAAGAUCAAAUAGGCACAUCUUUUCUUCAGGCGAAACGCCGCCUACUCUCUCUAGAAAAGAAAUUCCAAUGGAAUUCCCAACUCGCAGAAGAUUACACCAAGGUCGUCAACGAAUAUAAAGAACUUGGGCAUAUGAAGAAGAUCGAAACAGAUGUAGAAGAUGGUUUCUACCUCCCACACCACGCUGUUUUCAAGGACACCAGCCUCACCACCAAGACCAGAGUGGUCUUUGAUGGCUCAGCACGUUCCAGUACUGGUGUCUCCCUCAACGAUGCUCUAAUGGUUGGUCCAACCAUACAGGAUGACAUUCUGGCUCUGAUAUUACGAUUAAGACUCCAUAACUAUAUAUUUACUGGCGACAUCGAAAAGUUGUAUCGUCAGGUGCUCAUCAGACCUGAAGACACAAUAUAUCAACGCAUACUCUGGCGAGAGAACAACGAGAUCACCACGUAUGAAUUGCAAACUGUCACAUUCGGUCAGUCCUCUGCUCCAUACCUAGCCGUGAGAUGUGUACAACAACUAGCUGAUGACGAACAGGAGAGGUAUCCAACUGCUUCAACAGUCUUGAAAAAAGACCUCUAUGUUGAUGAUCUUCUGACUGGCACCACCACUCUCGAAGAAGCCUUACUCCUCAGAGAUGAAAUGGUCAGUCGUCUAGAAGCAGGUGGCUUCAACUUACGUCAAUGUGCCACCAACUCUCCACAAGUACUACAAGGCCUAUCAGAAUCUACUGUCAAUCUCCAACGGCUAGGAGGAGAUGAUUCCACUCACAAAACUCUUGGAAUCCAUUGGGAUUCACAGAAGGACAGUAUCGUAUAUACUGUUAACCCCAUCGCCACAAGAGAUACCAUCACCAUGCGAACCAUAGCAUCAGACGUAGCUCGCAUCUUUGAUCCCCUCGGACUCUUGAAUCCAGUAGUGACUCACGCAAAAAUUAUUCAGCAAGAAUUAUGGAGGCUCAAAUUGAACUGGGAUGAUUCCACACCGGCAGAAAUUCACACUCGAUGGUAUGAAUUUGCCUCACAGCUUCCUCUUCUGAAUGAAACGCAGUUCAAACGUCAAGUCACGACAAACCUUCAACACCUAGAAGUACACGGCUUCUGUGAUGCUAGCCAGAACGCCUACGGAGCCUGCAUAUACCUCCGAUCAGUACAAAACAACGGAAAGGGUCAAGUCAAUCUUUACUGCACCAAAUCUCGAAUUACACCUCUCAAAGGGCAACGAACAUCACGCCUGAACGAGAAAUCUUCUGGUGUGAUUCCACUGUACCGCUUCAUUGGAUCAAGACCUCACCUCAUCUUCUUUAACGAUUCGUGGCAAACAGGGUGGCUCGAAUCCAAGAAACUACCAAGCAUGUUGAUUGGAGACAUGUGCGAACGCAUGACAACCCAGCAGAUGCUGUAUCUCGAGGUCAACUCUCUUCUGACUUUCUCAAGUAUGGUGGGGACACCACGACACUCGAACGUUUUCCUCACCGUCGUGCGACCGGGUAUUCCACGCCCAUGA